UCAGGCGAGCGGGGCGAGCGGAGCGACCAGGGUCCCUACGUAGCUGAGCUGCUCCUUCCUGCCUGACCUGAGGUUCCAGAAUUCGCUUCGCUGUUGCCUCAGCACCAAGAAGGAGAUCCAGUCCUGCUACCCAGCUAAGUCCAGUCAUGCAGGGACAGGAAGAUGGCAACAGCAUUCUCCCUUUUGCCAAGAGUUCCAGGGUGGUCAGCCGAUCUUCACCCUGCAACCGGCCCUCCCAGAGUAGCAGACCAAUGCCUCAGCCUUAUGGAGACACCUUCUGGGAGAAUCUUAGCCGAAGGUCUAGCUCCCACUGGAUGGAAGAACAGUACAUUCCACCAAUGCUGAGGGCCACUGGGUGCUCGAAGCCUGGCCUGCACCCUCUUGAGGGGCUUCCUCCUCCUGCAAAGCUUUGGAGAAGAAAACGAAAGAAGCUGCAUUCGGAAAGAAUGCAGACAGGCCCUGGAAACAUUCCGGCCCGUGUUAGAGCCGUUACCUAUCAUCUGGAGGACCUGAGGAGGCGACAGAGAAUCAUCAAUGAACUGAAGAAGGCCCAGUGGGGAAGCUCUGAGGCUCCAUCUGAGCUCCCCCAAGUACCUGAAGAGGGCUAUGGAUUCCUCAGCACUCCUGAAUACCUUGACGUGGAAGAAGAGAGGGGAACCGAUCCACAGGAAGAGAAUUAUUUUGUCACUCCCAGGGAUCAGCUGCUCUGGUCUCCCUGGACCCCCUUAGGCCAGGAGGGGACUUAUGCCUCUGGGCGGCUAAGCUCUCUGACCCACAGCACUGUUACAGCGAGGAGGAACCCCACUUACAAUCCUCAGAGGAUGGAGCUGCAGCAUGAGGAGUAGUGGACAAUCAUCCAUGCUCAAGCUUCCAGACCCAGGACCAAUCCAAGCGCGAGACUCUCUUCACUGCUGGCGGCAAGAUGGUUGUUCCCUCUCCUAACCCUAACUGUUGAUCACAGCCUACUUGAGUUUCUAUCCAACGGUCCCAUCCCCUCACAGCCGGACCCUGAUCUUGUGUUCUUUCUGUUCUGUUAUUAAAGAGCCUGGAGGCAGUGAGAGGGGAUUGGAAAGGAGGACUUCUUUGAUUUUCUUGAGGACCCAGUUACAAUGAAGUCAAGCAAGGUCCCCAAAUUAGACAAGUCUCGCCCGAGACAAGAAGAGUUCUGCCCAGGUCCAGCCUCCAGGGCUCUAGCCCUGUACCUCUGCCCAAGCCCCAUCCUCCUGCGCCCACAGUCACUUCAGUCAGCUGAGCUUCCGCCUCCGGAUCCCG